AAACCCUUAUCUUGAAUCUUGAGGAACUUGUAAUCUGAUCUACUCCAACAAUGGCUCUUCACCAGCAUAUAUCCUUUCUUUUUCUGCUGUCGUUUGUCACUUUGUUAUCGAUGAAUGGCAACACGAUGCAGGGAGAGGGGCGACUCCUUUUGGAGGCAACCUUGCCAGAGCUUCCUAAGCCUGAAUUGCCAACGCUAACAAAGCCUGAGCUGCCACCAUUGCCUGAGCUUCCUAAGCCUGAGCUACCACUAUUGCCUCAUGUCCCGACUUUGCCAGAGCCAGAGUUGCCAACUCUGCCAAAGCCAGAAGUCCCAAAACUGCCUGAAAUCCCGGCUUUGCCCCAUUUUCCUGACCUGCCUAAGCCCACAAUCCCAACCAUUCCAACCCUGCCCGCGGACUUGCACAUUCCUUAAUUUCCUCUCCUCACCUCACUCAACCACUACUCCUCGAAUCAUGUUGCUAUUCACGAUAGGCGAGUAGACUUUUUUAUAUAUAGAUUUGGUAUUUUGUAAUGUUUGAUGUAUGUCUCCCAUGAGCCGAUACUCAUUUUAUUCUUUUCUUCCAUCUAGAGGAAAUGGUUGCCAUUGCUCAUGAUUUGUUAUGUUUGUGUGCUACUUAUACUUUGUUAUAUGUUUGUAUUACUGUAACAUAA